AUGCGUUUGCUAAAGAUCACACCCUCUGAUACAAUCGAGUUCCCACUUCUCCUAUAUACACCCUUGACUACAGUACUUAAACUUGAAAACGUAUCAUCUGAGUUUGUGGCGUUUAAAAUCAAGACCACUACGCCAAAGGGAUAUUUGGUAAGACCUAGUACCGGAGUUAUAAGGCCCGGAGAAAAUCAGGAUGUUCAGAUCAUACUCCAGCCUCUUACAGAGGCACCCAAGGUUGUAAAUGACCGUUUUCUUGUACAGUUCGUGGUUGUACCGAACGAUGAUCCAGUACCUAAGGACCUUUGGACCCAUGUCAAGAAUAGUAUCCAAGACCAUAGAUUAUCUGUGGGUUUCCUGAAGGAAAAUAGUGUUUCUGUACAAUCGACAGGAAGUCAAUAUGGAAUACCACCUAAAAUCGCUGCUAGGCUUAUCUCGCCCCAAUCUUCGAAUGUAGAUCUACCAGAGUUGCGUCAAAAGUAUGAUGAACUGGUUCAGUACGUAUUAUCAGUUGAGAAAUUAAAGAGCAAUUUGCUGAAGGAAAAUGAACAACUCAGACAAAAGCUCCAAUUAAACCCAGGCGGGAAAAUGAGUAAUAAAAUCACACUUGAAGUUUGGCACGUACCAGUCCUAAUCAUACUAUUUGUAGUAUUACUCAAAGUAUUCGGGCAUUUCUAG